CGUGCUUACGCCUGGAAAGCGAAAUCGAAACCAAUACCAACAUCGUAUACUCUGCCCGAAGAAUCUGAGCGCUCUCCCGAUCCUCGCAUCUCCACAUCAUUUAGUGUAUCCGAGGCACUCCAAGAAGCGAAGAAGCGAGGCGGGUGUAAUUCAAGGUCGAUCGGGAACGAUUGCGAUAAUGGCCACAGCAACAGUCUUCGGAUCCACAGGUGCCGUCGGUGGCCAGAUCCUGAGCACACUCCUGGGAAACGCGGCGUUCGGCUCGGUCAAGACGAUAUCGCGACGAGUGCCCCAGGAACAAUCAGCCAAGCUCGAAGCGAUCGAGGAGACCGAUUCAUCCAAAUGGGGAGAGCGAAUCUCAAGCCUCAACCCUAAACCAGAUGUUAUUUUCAAUGCUGUUGGCACAACCAAAGCCGCUGCCGGAGGAGUCGAAAACCAGAAGAAGAUUGACCAGGACCUAUGCAUAGAAAUCGCAAAAGCUGCCAAGGAGGCCGGCGUGAAGACAUAUGUCUUCAUCUCCAGUGCAGGCACAAGAGGGUUUUUGAGUGGCUACGUGCCAUACUCGAAGAUGAAAGUCGCAGUGGAAGAUGCUGUCAAAGAAUUAGACUUUGAACAGGCAAUCAUUCUCCGACCCGGCAUGAUCCUGGCACGUGAAAAGCCAAAAGCUCCGCUCGCAGAGAAGGUUGUGAGCAGUCUGCAUAUGAUAAGUCCAGCAUUUCAGGACAAAAUAGGCCAAGAUCAGAAGAUCAUCGGUAGAGCUGCUGUUGCGGCCGCCAAGCUCGCGCAGGAAGGCAAAGCACCUUCGAAGUAUUGGGUUUUGGAGCAAGCAGAUGUCGUAAAAUAUGGGCGAGAUGAAUGGAAAGAGUAAAGAGUCUGCAAUCGCGGCUCCCAGCAAGACUCGUUACUGCGGUAUGAAAGAUGCCCGCAACGUGUCAAAGCAGCUCCUGGAUUCAGAUGUGCACCCAAAUCGGAGGUCGUCGACGCCAUUGAGUGGAAGUACCACGAUAUCGACUGGUUUUGGCUUUGCACAAGCUAUGGUACUGCAACAUCACAAUAUUUUACGAAUUUGAAAGGGCUACCAUUUUACCACAUCACUCAUACUUCAAAUUUUCCUGUCCGCAUUACCUUCGAACUGUGCUUCGCCACGCAGAUCGCCAUUACCCAAC